GUGCAAGCAAGGGGAGGAAAAGAGAACGAGGAGCGGGCACCGGUCUCCACAGGACCCAAGUACGAUCGCCAUGAAUUGCUGAGGACAUAUGGCACAUGCAAGAGCAAUGGUGGAGCUUUGCCAAUCCUGCAAGAAUCAAACGCCAUUGAGGCACCCAAAGAGCUCAAAUACGUUCUGGAGGACCGUCCAGAGGAUGCCGAUGCAGGUGGCCGGAGUCGUGAAGCCGGGGAUAAGGUGAAGGCGAUGAAGCGCCAGACCAGUGAGUCAAUGGAUGAGCAGCCUGACGUGCAGACACCUGGCGGAAAGGUGGACUUGUUGAAGGAGCUUGGCACGGAAGCUUCGACACCAGCAGCUCCUGAUCCGAUGAUCUUGGCGUAUCUUCAGAGCAUGAUGUCAGCUUUUGCGUACCCCGGGAUGCCAUACCCAGGUGGCUUCACUACCGUGAUGCUGCGGAACAUACCGAACCGGUACACUCGUGACAUGCUGAUCGCGCGACUCGACAAGGGUUACAAGAACCUUUACGACUUCGUUUACCUGCCGAUUGACUUCAGCAGCAAGUGCAAUGUGGGCUAUGCCUUCAUCAAUUUCAGAACACCCGGCGCCGCUCACAGGUUCCACACGGAAUUCCACGGGACGAAGACGAAGCAAUGCCUCCCUGGCUUUAGCAGUUCCAAGGUGGCCGAGGUGUCUUUCGCAAGAGUGCAAGGGCGUGACCAGAACAUGGAGAACCUGCGCGACGAGAAAUUUAUGGAGAAACUUCAUGACAGGCCAGAUUGGCAGCCGUUAUUCCUCGAUGAAUCCGGCAAGGAAAUUCCGUUUUCAAAAGCUUUUCCAGGUGACAAGAAGCGGAGCAAAAAGCCUGCGACCCCUGCGACUCCCACCUACAUUCCUCCGACAACCCCAACAGGGUACAUGCGACCUCCGCCUUCCUUCCCGACUUUCCAGCCAUCGUUUUCCCUGCCGCCGGCUCCUGCAUCAACAUUUGCUUCGUUGUUGCCGAGUGCCUCUGCUGAUACCCUUCUCAUGCUCAAGGGCGUUCCCGUGUCUUACACACGGGACAAGUUUGUUGAUACUCUCAAAAGUAAAUAUGGAGCUGCCUUCGACUUCAUCUUCUUGCCAAACGAUGCCAAAAGUGAAGGCAAUCGUGGCCAUGCCUUCGUCAAUUUCAGCAAGAGUGACACCGCGAAGCAGUUCCAAGAGGACUUCAUGGGAAAGGCGAUGAAAGAUUGCUUCGAUGGGACGGAAGAAGAGAAGGCUUGUGAAGUUGUGCCCGCGCGCAUGGAGAGUCUGGAGAAGACCAUCCAACGCCUUCAAUCGCGCAAGGAAGCAGAGUCUCCGGAGUCGCCUUGGCUUCCACUGCUCUUCGGAGAGGACGGUGAGGUGAAGCCGUUUCCAUCUCUGUCGGCCCCGGAUUCUGGAGCGAAGGACGAAGCUGAGCCGAAAGCAAAGGCCAAGCAGAAGGAUCGCAAACAGGGAAGCAAGGAAUCGACUCCAUCAGCGGCGAAAGGAGGUUAUCAAUAUCCUCAAGGCUACUACGGAUUUCCAGGAGGCUUUCCCCCCUAUCCAGGUUACAAUCCAGCAGUCUACGCUUAUGCGCAGCUCGCUGUUGCACAAAAUGCCCAGGCCAUUCAAGUUGCCCAGCUGCAAGCCCAAGCAUCGGCACGAAAGCAUGGAGGCAAAGGCGGUGCCAAGUCCGGAUUGUUCCCAAGCAUUUUGGAUCCCUUAGCCGCAGCUGUGAACCACAAGGAGAAUGAAGAGCUUUCAGAUGAUCAGAAAGCCCAACUCAGGCAUCAAGUAGAAUACUACUUCUCCACCGACAACCUCUGCAAGGAUCUUUUCCUGCGAGAACACAUGGAGCGGGAUGGCUGGGUAGCUUUAGACCUGAUCCGCACGUUUCCACGGGUUUCAAAGUUCAGCGUCUCAAGCAAGAAGCUCAUGGAGGCAUGCGCCAAGUCUGAGAAACUGGAGAUUGAUGACAAUCAAGAGAAGAUCAGGCUUGCAAAUGCGGACGAAAGGAGCAAGUGGGCCAACACACCAGUGCCACCCGACUACAAGAAGCGCUCGGCAUGA